UUUUCUUGCUUUCCAAGUUUUGUUCCCUUUUCCUUUUCUAUACGGAUUCAUUGUAAUUGUUGGGUUUCGAUUCCUUUUUCGAGUUUUAGAGUGUUUAGAACAUGUUUACCUUGUUUGUAACUUAGCUAGGCUAUUUAAACUAUUGAUGGAUUGUUGUAACGGAGAUCAUUAUUCGUAGAAUUAAAAACCGAGAGUUUUGAGUUUGUGAGCUUUGUCUUGUGAAUUGAGGGAUCAAUCUAGCAAGCCUAGGUAUGAUUUUGAGCUUGUAUCGUCCAGGUAAUCUCCCUGUUUGUGGCCAAGCAACGACUACGCCAAUUGAGACUCUUUCUAAUCAUGAAAGUUGCACGAAAGGUCACCAUCCACACACACAAAUACCAACUCUGUUUUGGUGUUCUUUGUAUUCGAGGUCAAUCUUUGCAAUUGAUCUUUGGUUGUGCUUCUCUAAAACCAAAUCAACCCUUUAGGGGAUUAUCAGACAGUUGGGGGUACCCAUUGAAAUGAGCUAUGUUCUUAAAGCCCAAGAUACUAUAGCUUAGAUUGAGGUGACUGACAUGGCUUUAGGGGAGGCGUACUCGGAGGCGUGUGGAUAACCACGAAAUCCCAUGGAAAAGAGCUCACGCACCACAAUCGCUAAACCCAACUUAUUUAGACAUUUCAUAGUUGACCUAUACUAGGGUGAGGGAUAGUUCCAUGAAGUACUUACUUUUAUCCUUAUGUAUUCUCUCUACGAGUCAUUUCGCUUGAAUCCUCCAUCACAACCCCUUAAACCGAUCGGCUAGAUAACAACAACAUGGGAAGUAGGCUAGGGUACCAGGACUUGAGUGAAUACGAUCUUGAUUGCCACUACAUGACAAUGCCAUUUUAGGUUAAACUUGGUCUAGGAUGGGGUAGUUAUUGAAACGUGCUAACUAUUGACAAUGACUUGCACGGAAUGAAUCGAUCAAGCUUUUUAGCGCCGUUGCCGGGGAACCUCGGUAACUAGUAGAAAACCAACAACUUGUUAGUUUAGCCUUUAUUUCCUUUGUUUUGUCUUUGUCUUUGUUUGUGUUUUUGUUAUUUUCGUAGUUUUAAUCAUUUUGUGUUUUGUUAUCCAACUUUGUGUGUCACGGGUUGUUGAGUUUGUGUCUUGUAGCACUUUUGUAUGCAAAAAGGGAAUUUGGAAUCUACCUCUUGAUAUAUGAAUUGAGAUACUACCUCUUGAUACAUAAAUCGAGAGAACCCUUGGAAUCUAAGAAGAGUUGUAAGGCAUCAAUCUCAACCAAUGAUGGAUCAACAACGACAACCUCAAGUUCCACCAAGGCCUAGAAUAAUGGGAUCCUACUCAAGACCAAGUAUGGAUAACGCUCAAUCACCUAUUCUUCACCCAGCGGUGCCGAACAACAACUAUAAGAUAAAGUCAAGCACAAUUUCGAUGUUUCAAAGUGCGAUUCAAUUCAAUGGGAUGAUGAGUGAAGAUGCACAAUCACAUAUCAAGUCAUUCUACGAGUGACAGAUGGAAUUAAGAUAAACGGAGUUUCUCAAGAGGCAAUUUGUUUGAGGUUAUUUCCGUUUACUUUAAAUGGAGCGACAAAGCAAUGAUUGAAUAACCAUCCUCAUCAGUCCAUCCUCUCGUGGGAUCAUAUACGCAACAAGUUCUUCACAAGGUACAUUCCAUCUUCUAAGACGGCCCUAAUGAGGUGCGAGAUUACUAUAUUCCGUCAAAAGGAGGAUGAACCAUUGUUUGAAGCAUGGGAAAUGUUUACAUCUCUCCUACUCAAAUGUCCACACCAUGGCAUCACCGAUUGGUUACAAGUGGAAAGCUUUAUAAUGGUUUAACAAGGGAUUCAUGCCACCUCAUCAAUGCGGCUAGUGGAGAUGCCAUUAGGAACAAUGAAGUUGGUGAACUUCAAAGAUUGAUUGAGAAAAUGGCCCUAAAUAGCUACGAUUGGGGGGAUGGAAGGAGAAGCAAGAAUGUGAAGAAGGUAAGUUUGAUGAAAGUCGAAGAACCAUCAUCGUUAGCAUCUCAUAUACAAGAACUUCCCAAUAAAAUUUAUCAAGUUGUGUCAUCAAUGAAAGGCAAUGGGAAGCAACUCAUGAAAUGUGAUUGGUGUGGCGACUCGAGUCACACUAUGGAUGAGUGUAAGUCUAUGAUUGAGGCCUCAAUAUAAUUUGAGCAAGCCAACUUUGUUGGAGGGUAAUCCCGAUGAAACAACCCUUGUAGCUCUACAUAUAAAUUGGGUUGGAGGAACCAUCACAACUUUCUAAGGUACUAGGGGUUCUAAACCCCACACCCUAGUUUUAGGGAUAUUAUGUAAUGUAUUGAUAUGUUAGGAUUUUGAAUGAAUGUAUUUAUCUAGUUGAUUUCAUUACUUCUAUAGCUUUAAUUGUGUUUGGGUAAGUCGCCCUAAUCUCCUCUACUAGCCUACUUGAGCUUCUACACUAGGUAUGUAGUUUUAGGGUUAGACGGGUAUGCGCCAUCAAGCAAGUUAGAGUUAGAUGAAUGAUUAGGGUCUUAUGGUGGACGAGGCGACCGUACCCCUACCAUAGGAAUUCCUUCCUAGAUAGAACCUAGGAUGAAAUCUCGGUGUGGGCGGUGAGUAGUACGCAUUGAAAUUAGCUAUGUUAUUAAAGCCCCAGAUAUGAUAGCUUAGAUCAAGGUGAGUGACAUGGGUUUAGGGGAAGCGUACUCGGAGGCGUGUAAAUAACCACGAAAGCCCGUGGAAAAGAGCUCACUCACCACAUUCGCUAAACCCAACUUAUUUAGGCAUUGCAUAGUAGACCUAGACUAGGGUGAGGGAUAGUUCCCCGAAGUACCUACUUUUAUCCUCAUUUAUUCUCUACGAGUUAUUUUGCUUGAAUCCUCCAUCACUACCCCUUAAAACAAUCAGUUAGAUAACAACGUGGGAAGUAGGCUAGGGUACGGGGACCCCAGUGAAUACAACCUUGAUUGACACUAUAUGACAACGCCAUUUUAGAUUAAACUUGGCCUAACAUGGGGUAGUUAUUGAAAUGUGCUAACUAUUGACAAUGACUUGCACGACAUGAAUUGAUCAGUAGUGUAGCACUCCCAACUUUGGCCGAGAUCCAACCCAAGCUAUAUAAAGAAACGCACCAAAAUUUGAAGGAGGUUUCUUGUGGACCAAGCAACCUAGCCCAAUUGGAAUAAAGGUGUCAGUCCCAACCAUCGUAGGGCUUCCACUCAAACCCUUAUCCUCCAAGGAAGCUUUCUGAAGAAGCAACUUCGUCCACAAGUUUAAGGAAAUUGAGUUCAAGUCGGAUAAGGAAGGAUUUGGCCGACUUUAGUAGGAAAAAUACUAGAAAUCCCCUUCUGUAACUAGUAUAAAUAGGAGGCUAGGCUAGAACUUAAACAUACACCUUUUACCAACACUCUGCCCCACUAACACGAGUAGCAAUCCAUAGAGAGGAAGAGAAUUGAUGCUGAGAUUGGAGGAGAAGCAUUCACCAUCUAUGCAUGUAUCUAUGGUGAUGUUGUUCCACUCUUCUGUGUGUUGCUAGUAGAUCUGUUUAGGGAUGUGAAUUCUAUGAUGAUUAUGUAUUGCUUUCUAUGAGGUAAUAAGAUGCAUAUUUCGUUUUAAGUUGUGAUCAUCGAUGCCUUUUCAUUUAGAAGCAUUUUUGUAUUUUAGAUGCUUUAAUCACCUUUUGUGUAUGAUCAUCGAUGUUUUAUUUCAUAUGAUGUUUUAUCAUUCUAUGCAAGUGAAUCUAUUAAGAUGCUACUAUAGUAUUGUGCUUAAUAUCAUUUAGGUGGUCAAUAAAUUAUCAUCUAGUGAUAUCCCAUUGCCUUAUGUAUUCUUGUUUAGUUGGACGCAUAUAUGCAUGUCUACAUAAAAUAAUGCUUGAUUCUUAGAUCGUCGAUGUUAUAUACUAUGGUUAUGGUUCGUAGAUAUGUUAUGCUAUCUUCCUUGUUCCUUAUUGCUUAGGUGAUGGCAUGAAACAAAAGCAUGCAUUAGCUAGUCAAAUCUCUAUCGCAAGACGAGCAUGCACGGGUAGAGAGUGGCCUUAGAGGAAAGGAUAUGGCAGCAUAGUAGAUGAUGCAUAGAUGCAUCGUAUUGAGGAGAUUGUAUGCAUGACUAUCUAGAAGGAACUAUCUAAACAUUACUUUCAUUGCUUGCAUCUUUGUUUCUUUUUUCUUUGCAUAGUAGUUUAGAAUUUCGAAAUGGGCACCUCAACCCACUAGUUUUACUUUCUUGCAUUGCAUCCAUUCGAAUUCAAUUGGUUAGGUUUGAUUAGUUACUAUUAAAAGACCCUGUAGAAUACGACCCAAGGAUCUCCUAGGAUAUUAUCGCUUGAUACUAUAUCAAGUUUUUUAUGGGAAUUUUUUUAUAAUUGACAGAGAGUAACUUGUUGUGUUUGAUUUUCAUUUCAUAAAAGAAAACACUACACUUUAGUUGGUUUUUUCAUGUAGGAAUCGAACUCAAAUAAGCCAACAGGCCAUCCAAGGACAUGAUACCAAAAAGAAGGAAUAAAGAUGUGCUGAGGAGGAUUGAAGAUCAAAGUCAGCAACACCAAUCCUCUUCCAAUAGGCAAUAUGUCAAUCUCAACAAAAGAUCCAUAUAAUUUGGAAUGAUGAUGAAGCAGAUCUAGAAGAACUAAAGCUAGUGAGGGAAACAUAUGGAUACUACGUAACUGUAGAGGAAUGAGAACAAGCUUUUGCUUUCCUCCAAUCCAGACGCCAGAUCAAUUCAAUACCUCCUAUUAGCAUUGAUGCUAACAUUCAAGAAGAAGAGCCCAAACAACAGUUAGAAGGUGUUCAAAUCAUUGAGGUGCCUCACGAAGCCGAUAUAGGAAGUUCCAAUGAAGUGCGUGAAGGUUUUAAGAGAUCAAGGUAUAAAAAUGACUUACGGAGCUUAAAAAAUUCCUGGAUCAUGAAGAGAAGGAGGAUCAUCUCAAUACCAACACCUUUAACGAGGAAAAAGAUGGAGAGAUCAUGGACCAUGGAAAGGAAGAUCAUCAUGAGGCCAACGAGUUUAAAGAAGAAGCAGAGUUUAUAACUCAUUAUUUGGAAGAAGAAGGAAACAAGCCCCCUCAAGAAGAUGCAAAUGAUGGAGAGGCGAUAUCUGAUGCGCAGUAAACAACAAGUGAUAAAAUCUUCAGAAUAUCUAGGAUCGUAUUCCAUAGGGCCUUUCGAGGGUAGUUACUCAAAACUAGACGAAUAUGAUAAAACAAAAUAAAAUUUAAUCCAACGGGUUGAGGUGUCCUUAAAACUGUACGAACAAGGCUACUAAUAAAGUAAAAGUGAUGCAAAGAUUUCAACGAAGUAAACAAGUAAUAAAAGUUAUUGCUCACGAAGUUUCAUAUAGAUGAGCACGCGCGCUUGCUUUCUCAUUAACAAAAUGCAUUCAAGCAACAACCUACAAUGACAUUACCUUUCGUGAAUGCAUUCCAAACUAAGCUAUCGCCACAUGCGAGAGGAACAAUAACUGGUUGUGUACGUGCACUUCAUGCCACCAUCCAACUAGUAAAGAGUAGGAAGUAAGGAUAUUACAUCUUUAAGUGUGGGUCUCUUGAGUCAUAAAGAUUUUCAAUGAUAUUGGUGAUCUUCAUAUAUCAAACAUCAACAUCAUGUCGUGAAGGGGUUUACCGGCCCUUCAUACACACUUAAAGUUGUUGCAUACUACACAAGAGUAGUUUCUUAACACAUUUGAUAGUAUUAAAAUCAAUGACCAUAAUAAUGCAUAAUAAAAUAAUUAUAGUCAUAAAAAGACUAGAUCAUCGAGGUUAGAAAACUAAUCCAAUGAUGAUCUAUAAAAUUUCAUUAAAUCACUGAAACAAUACUUGGUACAUCGUAGAAUCCACUUCCCAGACAUUACACGCUUAGUCAACCAUUUGAAGUAGAGAAGAGAUCACCACAAACGAGGGUAAGAACAUCAUCUAUGAAUUCUGGCCAACUUCGGUUGUUUGUCUGUGUAAAAGUGUGUCUAACAACUAAGGCCUAAUUACCUAUUUAUACUAGUUAUGAUAGGGGGUUCUCUAGUCUUUUCUAUUCUAAAGUCGUCUAAAACCUCUCUUAUAUGACUUGGACUCAGAUUCUCUAACUUGGAGGUGAAGUAGAAAUCUUCCAGAAUCUUCUAGAACUUGCACCACUAGUACCCACCAUCAUUGAUUUCCUUGUUGGGUUAGUUGCUUAGCGCACAAGCAACCCCUUCAUGCAAUUUGGACAGCGACGGUUGGUGUUUACUAGACUUGUUUGACCUAGAUAAAUGAUAAGCCCGAUACACUCCUGAAUGUACUUCUCUGGGUCAUAAAAUGAGCAUCUAAUAUCCAAAUCCAUCUCCGUUUGGACUCACGUGCUUGUAAUCUCGUCCUCCUCCUGAUCCACUAAUGAUCCAUAUUCAUCUUGAGUGAAUUAUACCAUUGGAAGCACAAAACAACACCAAAAGGCAUAAAAUAGUACCAAAACAUACUCAAGGUCUAUCUUAAGCACAUAAUUCAAAUAUUUACGAUAUUCAUAUGAAAAAAAUACUAAAAUCUACUAAAGAUUCAUUGAGAAGUGGAAAAUAUAUCAAAUAUGAGAAUGAUGAACACUAUAAAACGGAGUGUUAUCAAUACCAGAAGGGGAAGAAGUUUUCACAAAUGGGAGGAUGAUGCCAUGACUACAAACGAUGAUUGUGAAGGGAUUUGAAGAAAGCAACAAGUGCCCAGGUUUCUGUGGUAGAUUGGAAUUUGGGGAUUAUAGGUUGAAUGAUUUGGGAGUCGGAUUGGGAGGAAAAUUUGAGAUUGAGUUUAGCCUGAAGAAGAAGGAUAGAACGAGCAACAAGGAAAGAGAUGCAGCAGGCAAAUGGUGAGUGCUAUUUGAAAAUAGUUGCAUCUAUAUUGAUACUCUUCCUUAAAUGAUGGUAAUGAUAAUUAUGCUUUCAACAUCUGCUUGCAAGGCAAAAGAAUUGGCAUAUUGAAAUCCUAUGGUCAAUUAUCCACAAAUUAUGUUUUUAUGAAAAGUGAAAAUGGAAUUGUAGGGCAAAAUAAAUGAAGAAGAUGAGAAGAGAAAUGUAGCAGACGAAGCAAGAAGAUGAUACCAUAUUGUUUUAGAUAGAAUGAGGAAUAGUAUUGUCGUAAAAAAAUUAGUGUUUUCAAGAAAGUAUGAGAAUGGUUAUGAGAAAGUACAUGAUAUCUUACAAAAAAAAAAAAGUAAAUGAGAUAAGGAUGAGCGAUUAUUGGUGUGGAUGAACGUUAAAAGGACACAACAUGUUCUUUUCUUCAUUUAGUCGACGAUAUGCGCCUUUAGUCCUAUAAGUGUCUCUUUUAAUGAUGAAAUUUAUGAUCCAACAGCACAAAACCUAAAAUCCAACGACAACGAAGCGCGACUUACAUAACUAGUUUGGUUAAAUUGAAGACUUUUUUUUCUAAUGAAUAAAUGAAUGACUA